AAUGUCAAUCUCAGCUGUCACUUGUCAACCUACAAUCUCAACACGAUACGAUACCAUUCUUGUUUUUAUAUUCAAUUUUAAAUUAAUCGGUAACGCCCCAUAAUGGUUGAUGAUUUGCGUAAAUAUUUAAACCAUUUACUGGAAAAAGUAAAUGGCUUACAUAGCAUAAUAAUAACAGACAGAGAUGGAGUCCCUCUGGUGCGUGCGGUGACUGAGAGGGCGCCGCAGCUUGCGCUUAGGCCUAAUUUCAUAUCAACGUUCGGUAUGGCGACUGAUCAGGCCAGUAAACUUGGUUUAGGGCGGAACAAGACUAUCAUAUCAAUGUAUUCCAGUUAUCAGGUAAUACAAAUGAACAAGCUGCCUCUAGUGAUAACUUUCAUUGGCAGCGACAACUGCAAUACUGGCCACAUCCUAUCUUUAGAGAGUCAGAUAGAACCAUUCCUCAAAGACCUGGCUGCUGUAGUCCAGGAUGCACCUUGAGAGUAACUAAUCAAGUAAACACAAAUAUACUUAGUGUAGGAUCUAUUGAUGUGCUGUUGUAGACCAAAAUUGGGAAAUUUACACAUGGUAAAAUUUUUGUACAGGACAAAAACUGCAAUUUUCCUGAAUCUUGUUUUUUUUAUGAUACAGGAGGCAAACGAGCAGACGGAUCACCUGAUGGUAA